AUGAGAACUCUGAUGUAUCUUUUUGGCGUGAGCAGUUGCUGGUCCAUGGACUACGAACUGCUUCUCGAGGAUCCAGACAUCCUUUCGCCCUGCCUUGAUGCCCCGCCCGGAUCGAUCAACGCCCGCCAGGCAGCUAAUUUCGACGACAUUGACAUCAGACUGGACUCUGAGGGGCUCCACGUGUCCGGCAACGCCACCUUGUUGUGGGAUGUGGAGCCCACCGAUCGAAUCGCAGCGAAGCUGGACCUUUUCCACUUCAAUCGUGGCACGUGGGAACCUACUGUCUUCAGCAUGGCCACGAGGGACUUCUGCUCCAUAAUGUACGACUCGAACCAGUACUGGUACAAGUAUUGGACCGGCUUCAUCACCAAUCGCGAGGAGGUGGGAAAAAAGUGCCUCAAAUCGCCCGGUACCGUGUUGGUACACGAGCCCUUUGAUGUAAAACUUAUUCUUAUGAAUUUUCGUGGACCGACUCUUCGAGGAAGGUAUAAGUUUGUGAUUUUGUUAAGCGCACUCGACGAAAAGAACGUACCGCGUCCCAAUUCAAUUUGCGUUGAAAUCAGGGGAGAACCUUUAAAGUUAAAAUAGUAAAUGGAAUGGAUUUUUAUAGGUUGAAAUUUUAUAAGAUCCAGAUAAAAAUAUUCGAAAUAUAGAGUAUAUUCUGUAUAAUAUA